AUGUCGCAGGAUACGUCGUCGUCGUCGUCGACGCUGAUGCUCAGCAGCGUCGAAGACGUCCUGGCACUCACGCUCCAGUGCGGCGACCGACUCGGCCUCGUCCAGUCGUCGCUCAUCCCGGCCCUGCACAGGUUCACCCACGAUGCGCGCAUCGACUCCGACGCACUCCUCGCCCGCCCCGUCGAGGGCGACAGGGAUCCGCUCGGCGCCCUCAGCCCGGCCGUCAACACCGUCGGCUACCUCUACAUCCUCACCGCGAGGCUCAAGCUGUACACGUCUCAGGAGCAGACCAACGUCCACCUGGCGGUGGCGAGCCAGUUUGUCGAGAGCUUCAACCUGGCACAGGCCAGGUGUGUCGGCGGCAAAGUUGCUCAGCUCGCAAGACAGGUGGCUGAGCUCGGCGACAGGAUUGGCGAUGCCAAGGCGGUGCUGCCGAUACUCGAGGUGCUCUUCGCCCGCUUCACCCAGGAUCGUCCCAACUCGCUCACCGCGCUGCAUCCCGUCCUGGCAUACCAAUACCUCAAAAGCUCGCUCUACCAGGAAGCCUAUGAACGGCUUCUGCGACGCGAGCACAUCGAUGUCGACGUCUAUGCUCUGCCGAACCACACCGACGUGCUCGAGUACUUCUACUACAGCGGCAUGAUCCUGACCAAGCUCAAGCUGCACGAGCAGGCCAUUGAUUCCUUCGAGACUUGCAUCUCGUCGCCGUCGGCCGCCGUCAGCGCCAUCCAGAUGGACGCCUACAAGAAGCUCGUCCUCGUCCAGCUCUUGGCGCACGGACAGACGUCUCCGCCGCCGCGCUAUACCGCCCAGGUCGUGGUGCGCUCCUUCAAGCAGCUCGGUGCGGCGUACACGGCCUUCGCGACGGCCUACGAGGCGCGCGACGCCGACUGCCUGUCGAGGCUCGAGGCGCUCGUCAACCAGCGAGCCGAGACGUUCACGCAGGACUGCAACUUUGGACUGGUGUUCCAGUGCCUCGAGCUGCACCGCCAGAGGAGGAUCCAGAGGCUGGGCGAGGUCUACAGCAGCCUGACGCUGAUGGAUGUGGCGGAGCUGCUCAACAUCCAGGGCGAAGACCGCGAGAGGGUGGUCCAGGCCGAGGUCGAAGCGCUCGUCUCAAAAGGGUGGAUCACGGCCACCAUCCACCCCUCUGCGUCGAUGCCGGCUCCGAGCGCGACGCCUUCCAGCCUGCCGAGCCACGACUCGCCCGUGAUCGUAUUUGAGCAGCAGCAGUCCGAGUCGUACGAGACCAUCGAGACGGUGCAGAAGCUCACGGCGGCCAUCAAGAGGAGCCAGGCCAUCCAGAGGGUCGUCGAGCAGAGGGAGCGGCACGUGGCACGGAGCGUCGAGUUCCUCAAAAAGCAAGCGCAAGGAUCGAGGGGGAACAGGUACCUGGACCUUGGCACCGACGAGUUUGAAGAUGAUGCGUUUGCCGCCUGA